ACCGCCUAAGAGGGCGUGCGCUCCCGACAUGCCCCGCGGCGCGCCAUUAACCGCCGGAUUUGAGUCGCCGGACCGUUUGGCAGAGGUGGCGGCGGCGGCAUGGGUGCCCCGACGUUGCCCCCUGCCUGGCAGCCCUUUCUCAAGGACCACCGCAUCUCUACAUUCAAGAACUGGCCCUUCUUGGAGGGCUGCGCCUGCACCCCGGAGCGGAUGGCCGAAGCGGGCUUCAUCCACUGCCCGACUGAGAACGAGCCGGACUUGGCCCAGUGUUUCUUCUGCUUCAAGGAGCUGGAAGGCUGGGAGCCAGAUGACGAUCCCAUGUAA